UGAAGCGGAGGAGAGAGUCUCUUCAAUCUGCGAUCAGAGAGCAACACAUUCAGUCACACAAGCUCCCACCACUGGACUCAAGUACUGACCAAGUCUCCAUUCAUCUCUUUCAACGUCCCUCAAACAGCGCAAAACCGGGGGAAGUAAAUUAACAGUGUUUUUCCAUUUCCCUAUUUUAAGGAGUAAGGUUAACACCGAUUUUCGACGUCAAGGUGCAGAGCGGUGAUGUCACAGAACUGAGGACCAUCUCGUACAAUAUGGAGUUUGGAGAGAGGCUGGCCUCCCCGUCAUCAGCCCCGUCCUCCCUUCACGUGGCCUCCACUUCCGCCAGCUCCUCCCCUGCUCCACCCCAGACACCCUCCACCAAGUGCAGACCAGGCCUUAGCCCUGCUGGCAGCUCCCCUCUCACCACCUGUGGCCAUUUGCUCCAGAUAACAGGGGAUGAACGCUUAAAUAUGUCUGGCAGCUCCAAUGGUUUUCCUUUAGUCAGCCAUCCAGCUUUUGGGUUUUACACAUCAAGUUCGGGUCGAUCUGAGUUCGGAGGCCUAGGAAGUCUGGGUUUGUCUGCCUUGGCUGCUCACUCCCAGCUUGGUACAUUUCCAGACUGGUGGCGGCCAUCUGAAGCACAUACCAGGGGAGCAGCAGCCUUCUUCCCUCCUCUUCUGGGUCUGCAUCCUGUAUUUGCAUCAAACUUCAAGAGCAACGAUCCUGUUCACUUUCAGUCACGUACCCCGGUUUCUGUAGGCGUAAUUGGUUCUUCUCCUACUGGGAACUCUGCUGUGAACACCAGUUCAUUUCCAACAAAGGGAAACACAGAGAAAACUAAAGCAAACAGUAGUCGGUGUCAAAAGAGCAGCCAGGACCUGGGCCAGCUACACCAGAAGACUAUUCAGAAAACAAAAGAAAAGAAACCCAACAAAAGACCACUAGAGAUCUCCAGCAUGAGUGGCAGCCAAUCGGGCUCAUUGUCAGAUAGCUCCAGUGAUGGCGAGGAGAGCAGCAGUGAUCCUGAUGACAUGGAGGAGGAGGACAAUGAUGAAGAUGAGGAUGAUCAGAGCAAUGACAGUGAGGACUCUGAUUCAGAAAAAGACAGGAAUGUUAAGCGGCUGACACAGAACACUUCUGAGAGUAAAAAGAAGAGACCUUUCUCUGCUGAUGGAGAUACAACUCUAGACAGUCUUUGUGACAUUGCUCCGUUUACUUCCUCGUACCGCCUCCAGUCUUCUUCUCAUCCUACCGGUUUGCCACAGUCUGCAGCUCAUUUCCUCCAGAGCUCCAGGACUGCAGAGGAUGAAGGCCAGCAGCACAUCAGUGUCAUCCAGGCCACAGGGUCGGCAGCCGGCAACAGUCCCCGAGCACAGUCCCACAGGGAGGCCUCUCCCCUGCCCUCCAGGUCCUCACCCAACCCCAACCCCAGGUCCUUCUCCAGCUCGCCUAAACACUUACCUCCUUCCACCUCACCAAAGCACUUCUUUCAUUCGUCCUCACCAAAGCACAGCUCUGUCUCCUCCUCUCCCAAACCUCUUGCUCUCUGCUCCCCUUCGAAGCCCCUGUCUCUGUGCUCCUCACCCAAGCCCCUCUCCAGCUCUUCUUUGCCCAAACCACCAACGAACCUUCCGAAUGAGAGCUCAUUGCGCUUGAACUGUUUUAAAUUGAAACAGCCCCUUCAUUCCAAGGACUCUGCAAAAAAAGCUUUCUCCCUGCGACCUAAGAUCCACAACUGGAAUAAAAGUCACAAAAAUUCAGCACCCUCUUCAGCGCUGCCGACGCCGCAUAAACAUUCGUCAGAUACAUUGAGCAGUCGUUUAAGAUCUCUACCACACGGCAAUGACACCAAUCUGUUCCUGGAACACCACUCUAACGGAGGGAUCCAAGGUGCAGUUCAGGAUGCCCCGUUGGCCCUCAUCACUAAACCCCGCAGCCACAGCAGCACCCCCAGUAGCAAGCCCCUCCUGGCAGCCACCAGCCCUCCCUAUCCCAUGCCGAUCAACUUGAGCACUGGCAACAAGGAGAUGACGGGCAGCUCUGCGUCCCCACUUAAAUCUUCUGCCUCAUCAGGUCUCGCUCACAGACCAAGGAAGACUAAGACUCCCAAGUCUUUGAAGGCAGGAAAGAGCCUCCAUAAAACAAACUCACCCUGUCUACCUGUAGACUUGGUAAGAAGCAGCGAGUCUGAUAUCAACAGCAGCAAGGACUCAGAAGACUCUUUAGGAGAUGACGAUGAUGAAGACGAUAUUGAAGAUGAGGAUUCUGGCAGUAGCCUGUCAGAGUCGGAGAGCAAUCUGGAAAGUGACUCUGAUGGCUCUGAGGAUGAUAUGAAGGAGCGCGGUGAGACAGAAGCAGAUAGUGAUGCAGAAAGGACUCCUCUGAAACUCACUAAAGCGUCCUCCUCAAACCUCUCAGCCAACUGCUCCCUGCUCAACCUGCAGAUCAUCAAGCCUCCCAGUUUACCUGGCAGCCUACUCACCCCCACCACAGGGACCAGCUCAGGGGCACUGAGUAACCACAGCACCCUAUCGCCAUCCUUCACAUUUGCCACGCUGCCAGGAUCAGGGAAGAGGAGGAGAGUAACAGACGAGAGAGUUCUGCGGUUGCCUCUUGAGUUUGGGUGGCAAAGAGAGACCCGAAUCAGGACUGUGGCAGGUCGCCUACAAGGAGAGGUUGCUUACUUUGCUCCAUGUGGGAAGAAGCUACGUCAGUAUCCUGAUGUCAUGAAGUACUUACUCCGGAAUGGAAUAACUGAAAUCUCACGAGAUAACUUCAGUUUCAGUACAAAAAUUAAAGUUGGUGACUUCUAUGAAGCCAGAGAAGGACCAGAGGGUUUACAGUGGUUCUUGCUGGCAGAGGAGGAGAUUGCUCCUAGUAUCAUAGCAAUGGAUGGGAGGCGCAGCCGUUGCACAAAGUCUGAGCACCAGCUGAUAGGUGAUGGCUCUGGGACCAGACACUGGAAGUCUCCUCCUCUUAAUAUUGGUGAAAAUAACUUCCAAGAUGUCAGUGAUGCCAAGCUGCUACGCAAACUGGAGGCUCAAGAAAUAGCUCGUCAGGCUGCUCAGAUCAAAAUGAUGAGAAAACUUGAGAAGCAGGCCAUGGCGCAAGCAGCCAAGGAAGCAAAGAAGCAACAAGCGAUAAUGGCUGCAGAGGAAAGGCGGAAAAAGAGGGAGCAGAUGAAGAUUCUUAAACAGCAAGAGAAGAUCAAGCGCAUUCAGCAAAUUCGUAUGGAGAAAGAACUCCGUGCACAGCAAAUUCUCGAGGCAAAAAGAAAGAAGAAAGAAGAAGCAGCCAAUGCCAAAAUAAUGGAGACUGAGAAGCGAAACAAGGAGAAGGAGAUGCGAAGACUGCAAGCUGUCAUACUAAAGCACCAGGAGUUGGAGAGGCAUAGACUAGAUAUGGAAAGGGAAAGACGUAGGCAGCAUAUGAUGCUCAUGAAGGCUGUGGAGGCCCGUAAGAAGGCAGAGGAAAAAGAGCGUCUGAAGAAAGAGAAGAAGGAUGAGAAGCGGUUAAACAAGGAGAGGAAACUGGAGCUCAGAAGACUGGAACUGGAAAAGGCGAAGGAGCUGAAGAAGCCAAACGAAGACAUGUGUUUAGCAGAUCAUAAGCCACUGCCAGAGUUGUCCCGGAUCCCUGGUCUGGUCUUACAAGGAAGUACCUUCUCUGACUGCCUGAUGGUGCUGCAGUUUCUACGCAGCUUUGGGAAGGUCCUGAGGUUAGACAUAAAUCCAAACAUGCUCAGCCUAAGUGACCUUCAGGAGGGCUUGCUCAACAUUGGGGGCAGUAUGGGCAAGGUGCAGGACCUGCUGGUGAGCAUGCUCUCUGCAGCUGUGUGUGAUCCUGGUAUACCUACAGGUCACAAGAAUAAGACAGCCUUGGGUGACCACCUGACUAAUGUGGGGAUCAACCGGGACAAUGUGUCUGAGAUCCUGCAGAUCUACAUGGCGGGUCACUGUGAGCAGACAGAGCUGGCUGCUCUAGCCCUCAGCCUCAGGACCAAGGCCUUUCAGGCCCACAGCCCGUCACAGAAGGCCUCCAUGCUAGCAUUUCUGGUGAAUGAACUGUGCUGCAGCAAGGCUGUGAUCAGUGAGAUCGAUAAAAACAUAGAUCACAUGACCAACCUGAGGAAGGAUAAGUGGGUUGUCGAGGGAAAGCUUCGCAAACUGAGGAGCAUCCAUGCCAAGAAAACAGGGAAGAGAGACAGCAGUGUGGGGGGAGAGGACAACCACACCUUUGUCAUCCCCACUCCUAGAAACAAAUGCAAGAGGAAAGAAGGUGACAGCGAGGAGGAAGAGGAGGAGGACGACGACAGUGAAGACCAAGGAGAUGAGGACGAUGAAGAGGAGGAAGAAUCCGGGGGAAAGAAGGGGAAGAAAGCAGAGAUAUGUGAAGACGAGGACAACAGUGUACACUCGGCCAGUAUGGAGGAGCUGGAGAAACAGAUAGAGAAAACAUACAAGCAACAGUGUCAAAUCAGACGGAAGAUAUUUGACUCAUCUCACUCGCUGCGCUCCAUGGUGAUUGGCCAGGACCGCUACAAGAGACGUUACUGGGUCCUCCCGCAGUGUGGUGGCAUCUUUGUUGAAGGCAUGGAGAGUGGUGAAGGUUAUGAAGAGGUGGAGAAAGAGAAAACGAGACAGAGGGUUGCUCAGUUGAUCAGGGUAAAAGAAGAGCAGCUGGUAGAGACAAAGAAGCCGGUGGUCUCCAGCCCAGUACAGAGCACAGACGGUGAUACAUCCACACCAGAGAUCCAGCAGGACAAAGACAGCCUCAAUCUCUUCCUCCAGAAACCCGGGUCCUUCUCUAAGCUCAGCAAACUCCUUGAAGUGGCCAAAAUGGCUCAAGAUUCAGAUAUCAAUUCUCACAAGAGUCAUUCUGCUAGAGUCCCCACCACCACAUCUUAUCCCUCAUAUCCCACCUCUCAGACAGCCACUACCCAACAGGGACAGAUGGAUAAAACAGACACUUCAGUGCCAUCUCUGCUUAGCGCCCCCCCCCUCAAAAGCAGUCCCUGGAUAACCUGCAGCCCCCUGCCUAUCAUUCACGACGAGCAGCUCUCCAAGAUUCUGACUGAAAAGAGCAACCAGUGGUUUAGCCUCUUGCCUCGCUCUCCUUGUGACGAGUCCUCGGUCACCUCUGGCUCCAGCCCUCCAGCCGCCUCCUCUCCUCUACAGACCAUCUGCACCAAAUCCCCCUCCUCCCUCUCCCCUAAUCCCCUAGCCACAGUCAGCUCCGGUACUCCUGCUGGGAUCAAUAACAUGCAGUCGUCUGUCCUUCAGCAAGUAAAGUGUGGCAUUCAUCAAAGCAGACUGACGCUGUGUGACAUGUCCAGUGCAGCGAUAAGUCCCAGCCUGCCAUUCUGUGGUACUUUUCUACCCCCCAUACUGGAUCUGGCCUCCCAGCAUGCAGAGGGUAAUGGCAGCAGGGUCUUCUUCCUGGCAAAUAACAACUCUGUCAACAAGAGUGAGACCCCAGAACCCCUGAGUGACAAGCCUGCUUGUGCCUCAUUCCCCGCUGUGGAGGUGGCUAAGACCCAGGACUACCCUAGUCCUCAGCCUAUCCCUGAGGACAUGCUGUGUGGCUGGUGGAGGGUGUCAGACAUGGAGGAACUGCACAGUCUGGUCAAGGCCCUCCAUAGCCGAGGCACCAGAGAGAAGGUCUUGCAAAAACAGCUCCAAAAAUAUAUGGAAUAUAUGACCCAGCUCUGCGCCAACAGCAAAGAUGUGAUUGAUGUGGCAGAGCUGGAGAAGCAGGAGGUGAGUGAGGAGACAGUAGAGAGUUGGUGUGUUGAGGAGCAGGCCAUGGAGGUGGACAUCAGCCUGCUGCAGCAGGUAGAGGGUCUGGAGAGGAAAGUCAUGUCUGCCGGCCUGCAAGUCAAGGGCUGGAUGCAUCCCGAGCCCCAGUCAGAGAGGGAGGAUCUGGUCUAUCAUGAGCACAAGCUCUUCUCUUCCCCUGUUCCACAGAAGAAGGGACAGAGAGAAACCAGCCAGGAGGAAGUUCCUGGCACCGUGGUGCGUCGGACCAACAAUCCGCUUGAUAUAGCGGUCACCAGGCUGGCAGAGCUGGAGAGGAACAUCGAGCGAAGCAGCGAGGAAGAGGUGGCUCCAGGGAUGAGGUUGUGGCGUAAAGCCCUCUGUGAAGUCCGCAGCUCAGCUCAGUUGUCACUCUGCAUUCAGCAGCUGCAGAAAUCCAUUGCCUGGGAACGAUCAAUCAUGAAAGUGCACUGCCAGCUCUGUCAAAAGGGAGAUAAUGAAGAACUGCUUUUACUCUGUGAUGGCUGUGACAAAGGCUGCCACACAUACUGCCAUAAACCGAAGAUCACUACAGUACCUGACGGCGACUGGUUUUGUCCUACUUGUGUAGCGAAGUCUUCUGUGCGUUCUGUCAUUCAGGAAAGUGGUCAACUCCCGCGGAGCAGGAAGCAACAGAGCCGAACAGCUGGAGGAGGGAAGAAAGGCAGUGAGGUAAAACGAAAUGGUAAGCCAUCUGCGGUAGGAGAGCUCAUCAAAGAGGAGGCUUCCGGCAGCAACAGCGUGCCAAAGAAAGGUACCAAGGAGUUCAAGAAGAGGAAAGGAGACGACAGCCCGCCCGGCUCCCAGUCCAGGCAUGACAGCCCUGUCCCCUGUGCAAAGAAAGCCAAAACGGCCAAAGACAACAGCAUAAAUGGGCUGGCGAUGUGCCGACUGCUGCUGGCUGAGCUGGAGGCCCAUCAGGACGCUUGGCCCUUCCUCACACCGGUCAACCAGAAAGCAGUCCCUGGAUACAGGAAGGUCAUCAAGAAGCCCAUGGACUUUUCCACCAUCAGAGAAAAGCUCACCAACAACCAGUACUUGAAUUUGGAGACUUUCAUCGUUGACGUGAACCUGGUUUUUGAGAACUGUGAAAAAUUUAAUGAAGAUGAUUCUGAAAUUGGACGGGCCGGCCACAGCAUGAGGAGAUAUUUUGACAAACGAUGGACUGAACUGCUGGAAUAAAAACAUUCCAGCGUGGGCUGUCCACGCUACUCUCUACAUAUCAAACUCCAUCUUUAGCAUUGGAGUCCUUCUCUUUACCUGUGACACUAAAUCAGUACAAAGUUAUAAUAAGACUGAUGUGCAAUGUGAAAUGACAAAUUCUCCUGCUGAGAAAAGACGCUUUAAUAUCUUAAAGUGCAAUACUGUUUUCUUUAUGAAAGUGCACUGACCCCUGGUCUCAAUGUUGUAUUUGGGAAACAGAGAUUUCCACCAUAGGUAGGUCAUUCAUUGGCUUUUUUUUGUAUCAUCAGUACUUUAGCUUUGUGUAUUUAUUUUCAAGUAUUUAUGUUACAGUCAGUCUUUUCUAAGAAAAAGCAGGAAAUGGCACACAGCUUUAAAAAAAAUCUAAAUAUUGUUUUACGGACUAUUAAACAAGCCAAUCAAAAAGAAAUAUUGUUUACAGUUUUUUUGACUGCCAGCAGUACUACUGUUCAUCUACGUUUGAGUUUUUUGUGUGAAAUACAAGGAAUUAUCACUGUCACUAUUUGCUUAUUUCUAACCUGUACAGAGUGUACAGUACACACAGUACAGUAAAAAAUAUUGUUAAUGCAUAAGGAUGAUUGUAGCACUCCAAAUGUCUUAUACUGUGCUAUGCUGAAUAUCCACAAAAAAACUGGUCUCAGUAUUGUAGUGCCUGACCUCUGACCUCUAAACAGUGUAUGGAAGUGUGUUUUUUUGUGUGUGUGUGUGUGUGUCCUGCACAAUAUACCGUAGGAAACCCUUACACAAAAUGUUUAAACUGUUUAGAGCUUUUCCUCUGAAAAGAAUUGAUGUGGUGCAUAUAGUGUGUUUUCAUCUCCAAGCAUUUCCUUCAGCCAGAGUCUGGGGCUUGAUCCCACUGGGAGUCAAGACAGUGUCACGGUCCACUGGAUACAUCUCAAGACCGAACACUUGAAGUUUAACUGUAUUUUAUUAUAAAUAUUGUGAAAUGAG